AUGAGAGAACUAAAUAGUAAUUUCUUUUAUGAGAUUGACUUGGACUCCGAAGAUCAUAUCCGUAACAUUUUUUGGACAGAUGCAAGGAGUCACUCCGCAUGUCAUGAUUUUGGAGACGUUAUGUCCUUCGAUACAACUUACCUAACAAACAAAUAUGACAUGCCCUUUGCACCGUUUGUGGGGAUUAACCACCACGGUCAAUCAAUUUUAUUAGGAUGUGGAUUACUGUCUAAGGAAGACACAAGUACUUUUGUUUGGCUCUUUAAUGUGUGGCUGAAGUGCAUGUCAAAUAAGGCACCAAAUGGUAUAGUUACUGACCAAUGUAAGGCAAUGCAAAAUGCAGUACAAUGUGUGUUUCCAAGUACUCGACAUCGGUGGUGCCUUUGGCACAUCAUGAAAAAAAUACCAGAGAAGUUGGUUGGGUAUGGCAACUACAAUGCCAUAAAAGAAGCAUUUAAGCAGUUGGUGUACGACUCCAUUGAUGGUGAAGCAUUUGAGUCUAGGUGGGCUGAAUUUAUCAACACACAUGCAUUAGAAAAAAGUGAUUGGUUAUCCUCGUUGUUCGAAGAGAGAGAAAGAUGGGUACCAUGUUACUUGAAGAAUGAUUUUUGGGCUGGAAUGUCCUCAACACAACGAAGUGAGGGGAUGAAUGCAUUUUUUGAUGGCUUCAUUAAUUCAAGUACCACACUUGAACAAUUUGUCAUGCAAUACGACAAUGCCUUACGACAAAAGGCCGAAAAAGAGUACGAAGCUGACUUUGCAUCCUUGAAUACAACAAUACCUUGUGGUUCUCAAUCACCCAUAGAAAGACAAUUCCAAAAUGUAGGAUGA